GUACGAUGAACGAGCAGCAGGUGGUGCAGGCCUUCACAGCGCUUGCCGACACGCUGCGGCAGACGCAGGAAAGGACGAAUGAGGCGCUGCGUGCUGUGAGCGCGCAGGUUGGGGAGCAAGGCGACGCUCUUCAGGCCGCGCUCCAGCAGCAGGAGAGGCUCCUGGAGGCCGAGAUCGCGGUUCGCAGGAGGCAGGGGAUGAUCGACACGAAGGCUGUCAAACAGCCUGCACCCUUCUCCGGCAAGGAGGCCGAUUGGCCCGGCUGGAGCUACAAGUUCUCUACAUGGAUCAGCGGGCAGUUCGCUGCCGGCGAGGACGUGCUGGACUGGGCGGCCGGACUCGGCGAGGAGACGGUGACCCAGGAGAUGUUGGACGAUGUUGAUCUCCGGCACCCGGGAGCAGAGGACAUCAACAAACAGCUCCACGCGGUGUUGACGAGCCUGACGACGAUGGGCACGACAGCGUUCGACAUCGUGAAGAACACGAAGAAGAACCAGGGGCUUGACGCCUGGAGGAAGCUCAACCGCAAGUACGACCCGAACAACCCAGUGUCCAACUUGAGGCUGAUGCAGAAGAUCUUGAGGCCGUCCCAGGUCGGGACGGACCAAUUGUUGUCCGCCAUCGAGCAGUGGGAACAGGACUACACCCACAGCAAGGACAGGACAGGCGAAGAGUUGUCUGACAGGAUGCGGCGCGCAUGCCUGCGUAGCAUGUGCCCCGCCGAACUGCAGAACCACAUCGACUUGAACAUCGGGCGGCUGGACACGUACGACGCCUUGAAACGCGAGGUGGAGCGGUACAUCGAGCAGGUGGUCUGCCGAGAGGGGCCCGUGCCGAUGGACAUCAGCUCUUUCGCGAGGGUCCCGAAGGGCGGCAAACCCAAGGGAAAGGAAGGAAAGGGAAAGGACGGCAAAGGUAGGGACAGAGACUUGCCCAAAGGUGGCAAGGCCGGAGGGCCUCCGACUGGGGCUUCUGGCAUCGGCGCGGGACGUGGCGCGCAGAGUGACCAAUUCCAAGGUUAUUGUGACCGCUGCUGGCGGUGGGGCCGCAGGAAGCGCGACUGCUACAGCAAGACCGACGCCAACGGCAGACAGCUCCCUCCGCCCUCGGUGCCCUCAGGGCGGGGGCAGCCUCCCAAGGGAGGUAAGGGAGGCAGAGGGGGCUACCUAAAAGGUCGGCCGGUCCAGGGCGGAUCGGCCCACGAGCUUUCAGGUGCAAGCGAGGAGCUCUACCCGGCGGACGUCCAGCAGGAGGGUGCGAUUGGAUCUCUCUUCGUGCUGGACACGGACAGUGCCAAGGAGGCGAGGAGUAAGGCUCGGUCCAGCACGGGCCAGCUGCACUCCCUUGCCCCAGGAUGGGGCGAGCCGUGGCGGAAGUGGACGGAGGAAGGGCGCGAGAGGAUCGACAUCAUCGUGGACUCUGGCGCCUCCACGUCGAUGCUUCCCCGGAGCGUGGCUCCAGGCCACCCUUUGAAGCCGGGUGCGGGUCCGAAGGUCUACAAGACGGCUUCGAAGGAUGAGGUGAGGAAGGAUGGCGAGAAGGAGCUCGUCUGCGGAUUCAUGAACGGGAAGGACAUGACGACGACGUGGGAGGUCGGCGACAUCCAUCGGCCGCUGAGUUCCGUGAGCCGCAUGGUUCGCAACGGGAACUGCGUGUGGUUCGACGCGGACGCGAACGGCGGCAGCGGCAUCUACAACUACAGGACGGGCCAGAGCAUGAAGAUCUUCCAGAAGGAUGGGAUCUACGUGCUGCCCGCCUGGAUCAAGCCGACUGGGAACCCAUCGGGUUUUGGUCGGCAGGCUGUUCAGGAGGCGCCGCAGGACGUGGUGCCAGAGGUAGCGGCAGGUGAGGAGGAGACCACCGACUCUUUGGCGAUGUCGGCGCCCAUGCAGCCGACGAAGCAGAUGAUCGAGGAUCACGAGGAGAACAUUUCCACGUUCAGCGUCGAUUACGGUUUCUUCGGGACGCCCGGGGAGACUCCGUUGCAGGCCGUGGCGGGGAAGGACUUGCCUGUGCUAGUAGCUUUUGACAGGAAGUCGAAGGCUAUCUUCGCACAUCCGGCGCCCCACAAGGGCCUCGAGAAGGAUGGCAAGGUGGACGACUACCCGGUGAAGGUCUUGGUCCGAGAUCUGGACAGGCUGGGGCACAAGAAGGUCAACGGCAAGAGCGACCAGGAGGCGUCGAUCUUGGCUGUGUGCAACGCGGUGAAGGUCCUCUGGGAGGGCGAGUGGGUGCAGGAGAAAGCGCCUAGAGGCGAGAAGGCUUCUAAUGGCGAGGUUGAGCGAGCAGUGCAGACUGUGCAUGGGCUCGCGCGCACGCUCAAGGAGCAUGUGGAGCAGUAUGCGCGGAUCCAGCUGGAUCCCAGGAGCCCCGUGCUCGCGUGGCUCAUCGAGCACGCGGCGACCCUCCAUUACCUCUUCAACAAGAGCGACGACGGCAUGACCCCGUACCAGAGGGUCAAGGGCAAGCAGUGGCAGGUUGCUCUGCCAGCCUUCGGGGAGGCCGUCGACUUCAAGAGGAGGGUCCGGCAUAAACUUGAGGCCAGGUGGGAACGAGGUCUCUUCUUAGGGGUCAAGGUUGACACCACCGAGCGGAUCGUGGGCACCAGCAAGGGUGUGCACGUGGUGCAGUCCGUCAGGCGCGUCCCGGAAGGACAGCGUUACGACGCAGAGGCCGUUGGCAAUUUGAAGGGGCUCCCUUGGAGACCUGUACCAGACGGCCCAGCAGACCAGGAGGCAUUAGAACUUCCAGGUGCGGUGGAGAUGGCCCCCGACUGCCCGGAGGUCCCGGCGGCUCCCGUGCAGGCGGCCGACGGCGAUGGGCAGGUGAGGAAGUAUUACAUUACGAAGGCUGACUUGGAGAAGUACGGGUUUACCAGUGGGUGCCCGGCAUGCGAGACUACCCGGGGGAAUCUCCCUAGGAUGGGCUUGUUGCACACCCUGGAGUGCAGGAAGCGGAUCGAGGCCGCCAUCGCUUCGGACCCAAAUCGUAGCACUAGGUUCGCAGCGGCCCAGCAGAGGCUCGAGGCGGAGAAGGCCAAGAAGCGAGCAGCAGGUGCAGCUCCGGAGGGAGAGCCUGAUUUGGCAUGUCCGCGUAUUGCGGAGGCUCCGGCGUCGUCGUCGAGCCGCGGACUCCCGGCGGCUACGCCAGGAGGCGCGGCUGGAUCGCAGCCAGAAGCUAUGGAUGUCGUACCCGGUCAGGGGUCCAAACGCCCUGCAGAGGACGUUGCGGGUCAGGGAGCCAUGGCAGCGUCUUCGAGCCGUGGCGCCCAGGCAGCCAUGGAUACCAGCGAGCCGGAAGUUGCGAGGAAGCACGAGGCUCCUGAGGCGAACGAGGACCAGGAGAUGUCAUUACUUGCCCAGCUCAUCGACCAGGUGGAGUCGAAGGCGGACCAGGCUGAGCAGAUGAUCCUUGCCCUGGUUCAUGCUCAGAGGGAUCGCGUGCUGCUGCAGAUCAAGGAGGAGGCUGCCGAGCAACCCACAGUGGACGAGCACCACUUCGAGUGGGACGACGAAGAUGUUUUGGAGCCCAGUGACAGAUGCUACGUUGAUGAUCUAUCCGGGAAGGUGCUUCCGGCGGAUUUGACCCAGGAGGCGAGGAUGGAGGAGAUCAAGUUCAUCGACAAGAUCGGUCUUUGGGACGUUGUCCCCAGGCCUAGCGGCGUCAAGGUAAUUGACACACGCUGGGUUGACGUCAACAAGGGGGACGUUGCCGACUACCAGGUGCGAAGUCGCUUGGUCGCGAAGGAGAUCAAGCGGAAGGGCACUUUAGAUCAUUAUUUCGCGGCGAUGCCGCCGCUGGCCUCCCUCAAGAUGCUGCUCUCUCUGGCCGUGACCACGACGUGGCCCGCCAAGGAGAAGAUCUACUCGAAGAAGGGCAAGUACGUCGUGCAGUUCUUGGACGUCAAGAAAGCCCAUUUUUGGGCUAUGGCUGAUCGCGUGCUGUUCGUGGAGCUCCCGGAGGAGUACAAACGAGCACAUGGCCUUACAGGUGAUGUGGUUGGCCAUCUACGUCGUUCCAUGUAUGGGAUGCGAGACGCGGCGUCCCUGUGGGAGAAGCUGGUCGCAUCGAAGAUGCGUUCAUUAGGGUUCCGUCAGGGCCGGAGUUCUCCUUGUGUCUUCUGGCACCCCGUGCGCGACGUGCGCACGACGCUCCACGGCGACAACUUCGUCACUUUGGCUGCGAGGGUCGACGCCGACUGGUUCGAGAAGGAGUUGAGCAAGGACUGGACGGUCAAGGUGGAGGGCAUAUUCGGGCCUCCUGGAGAGCCAGAUUGUGAGAAGAGUAUUCGUACGCUCAAUCGUUUGUUGACGUGGACGAGUGCCGGCAUCGAAUGGGAGUGCGACCCGAGGCAUUCGCAGAUCUUGAUUCGCGAGCUGGGAGUGGCUGGAGCAGGCGGUAAGGUUACGACGCCUGGGAUCAAGGAGAAGCCCGAUGACGACGACGACGGCGACGAGCCUAUUCAGCAUGAUCAGGUCCGCUGGUAUAGAUCUUUGUGCAUGCGUGUGGCCUACAUGGCGCAAGACCGCCCGGACUUAGGCGUGGUCACGCGGGACUUGGCCAAAGGCAUGAAGAUGCCGACUACCCGGCACGUUGCCAUGUUGAAGCGGGCUGCCCGGUAUCUUCGAGGGCACCCGAGGCUCGUGCAGCACUUCCGGAACCAGGAGAUGGCGACGUCGCUGCAGGGCUGGUGCGACGCAGACCACGCAGGCUGCCUCAGAUCGAGGAAGUCCACCACAGGCGGCGCAGUGUUGGCGGGAGGUCACUGCCUCACACACUGGUGCCGGGGCCAAGCUGUGAUCGCCCUCAGUUCGGGGGAGGCUGAAUAUUACAGUUUGGUCACGCUCAUGUCCGAGUUGCUUGGGAUUCGAGCUCUUGGACAGGAUUGGAACCUCAAGUACGGUCUGGGUGUGAACAUCGAUGCAACUGCCGCCAUUGGCAUGGCAUCGAGGCGCGGACUUGGGAAGGUCAAGCACAUUGACACCGUCUUCCUUUGGGUCCAGGAGCGGAUCGAGGCACUGAAGGUGCGGGUCGCGAAGCGACACACGAGUGAGAUGCUAGCUGAUCUACUCACCAAGCAUCUUGUGCACGACAAGAUCGUGACGUGCUGCAAGGGCCUCGGCUUCACCUUCGCCGAGGGCCAGCACGAGCUGACGCUGACGGCUUGA